AUGGCUCAGUCUUACGAACCGAUCGCCAUUGUUGGUGCAUCUGGCCGCCUUGCUGGCGAGGCCUCGUCUCUGGCCGGACUCUGGGAGAUGAUGUGUAAGGUCCGAUCGGCCCACGGCCGCGUACCACCGUCAAGGUGGAACGCCGACGCACGCCUCCACCCGGAUCCGGAUCGUAAGGGAACAGUCACCACUACGCACGGCUUCUUCCUAGAGCAGGACAUCACCACAUUUGAUGCGCCCUUCUUCUCAGUCACGGCCAAGGAGGCCGACGGAAUGGACCCUGCCAAGAGGAUCCUGCUGGAGGCGUACAUGGCUGCUGCCGGCACCAGCGAGGCCAUGACUGCCAACCGCGUGUCCUGGUUCUUUGACCUUUUGGGACCAAGUCUGACGCUCGACACGGCCUGUUCUUCGAGUUUAUAUUGCCUUCACCUUGCAUGCCAGUCACUGUUGCUGGGUGAGACGAACAUGGCAUUGGUUGCCGGUGUAAACAUGAUACUCCACCCAAAUUUCAUGCGGAGGUUGACGGCCAUGCACAUGCUUAGCCCCGAUGGCAUUUCACACACCUACGACGACCGCGCAAACGGUUACGGUCGUGGCGAGGGUGUCGGCGCCCUCGUUGUAAAACGGCUUAGCGACGCCAUUCGAGACGGGGACACUAUACGAGCCGUUAUCCGUGGGUCGAGCAUUAACUUCGAUGGCAAAACGCCGAGUAUUAGUAUGCCAAGCUCCGACGCUCAGACCGACCUCAUUCGACGCGCGUACAAGGCCGCCAAUUUGCCCAUCAACGAAACACAAUACGUCGAGAUGCACGGCACUGGCACGCCGGUGGGGGACCCCGUCGAGCUGGCAGCCAUCGCGGCGACCUUUGGCGCUGCCGCGUCUCCAGAAAAGCCCGUCCUGGUGGGCAGUAUCAAGCCCAACGUCGGCCACACUGAGGGCUGCGCCGGACUGGCCGGCGUCUUCAAGGCCAUCAUGUCGCUCGAGCACGGCAUCAUAGUGCCCACCCCGUUCGUUGAGACCAUCAACCCCAGGCUGCGCUUUGCUGAGUGGAACCUCAAGCUCCCGGAAGCCACCAUGCCGUGGCCGACGCCGGGCCCCCGCCGCAUCAGCGUCAACUCGUUCGGUUUCGGUGGCGCCAACGCUCACGUAAUCCUGGAUGAUGCUUAUCAUUACUUGAAGACGAACGGCCUGAAGGGAAACCAUGCGACAUCUGUCCAGCCGCGACUCGAGUGGGUUUCGAAAUUUGCCUCGACGACAAGCGGCAACGGC